AAACACUAAAGUGGGAGAAAGUAAAGCAAGUUGGUCACUUCCCUAGCAGAAGCCGCUCCUCCUUGUUAGUCCCCUCAUAGGCAGGCGGACCCAGCUAGGGUAAGAGGAUCUUUGGAACGCCCCAGAGGAUCCGUCCGCUGGCCUCGCGGGGCGUCGAAGCCGGUUUCCUAGACGACCUUUCUCCACUCCAGUUUCUCACUACCCCAAGGCUACCCGCCAGUCCUCUUGGCCUCACUAGCUCCUGUCCCAGACCCAUACCCAAGUCACUGAGUAACCAGGAAGUGGUGAGCAGCUCGCUGAACCAGAAGGCUUAGGGAGACUUAAGCUCGACGGUGAACGCUAGGAAGAAAAGCCGAGCGCCGCUGGGCAUGGGAUGCCGGCUCAACCCCAAGUUGCAGUCGGGCUGGCGUAACGCCACGUUUCGUCUCCAAGUGUUGCGGCGCCCUGCAACCCAACCUCCCGAGGGCCCACCCCUUAGUGCCUGCCCCCCAAGCCCCGCCCUCCUUUAGCUGCCAGGAAAACCCGGCUGAAGGUUCCGCCCCUCAGUCCCCCCUCCAAGCCCCGCCCCUCUCAAAAGACCCGCUUUGCGGCCCCACCCCUUAGACUCCGCCCCGUCAGGUUCCGCGAAGAGCCUUCUGAAAACCCGGUUGGAGCCCCGCCCCCGGCCGAGGCUCCGCCCCGUGCCCGUCCGCGCCUGUGGUUCCCCGCUGAUCUCUCCGGAGCUCCGCGGCCAGGGGUGUCGGCUUUCCGCCGCAGGCGGCCGGUGCUGCGCUAGGUCCUAGCCUCCCCCCCCACCCCGCCCCUUCUCCGAACGCUGUAGUCGGGUAGCGCCUGGCGGGCGGCCUGCGGGCGGGCCGUCCUCUCAGCCGUAGCCCACCCCCUCUUAAAGCCGCGGCGGGAAGAUGAGGUUUCGUGAGCCGUUCCUGGGCGGCAGCGCCGCGAUGCCGGGCGCGACCCUGCAGCGGGCCUGCCGCCUGCUCGUGGCCGUCUGCGCGCUGCACCUCGGCGUCACCCUCGUCUAUUACCUCUCCGGCCGCGAUCUGAGCCGCCUGCCCCAGUUGGUCGGAGUCUCCUCUCCACUGCAGGGCGGCACGAACGGCGCCGCCGCCAGCAAGCAGCCCCCGGGAGAGCACCGGCCCCGGGGCGCGCGGCCGCCGCCUCCUUUAGGCGUCUCCCCGAAGCCUCGCCCGGGUCCCGACUCCAGCCCUGGUGCGGCUUCUGGUCCCGGCCUGAAGAGCAACUUGACUUCGGUGCCAGUGCCCACCACCACUGGACUGUUGUCGCUGCCUGCUUGCCCUGAGGAGUCCCCGCUGCUCGUUGGCCCCAUGGUGAUUGACUUUAAUAUUCCUGUGGACCUGGAGCUUUUGGCAAAGAAGAACCCAGAGAUAAAGAUGGGCGGCCGUUACUCCCCCAAGGACUGUAUCUCUCCUCACAAGGUGGCCAUCAUUAUCCCAUUCCGUAACCGGCAGGAGCACCUCAAAUACUGGCUGCAUUACCUGCACCCAGUCCUUCAGCGCCAGCAACUCGACUAUGGCAUCUACGUCAUCAAUCAGGCUGGAGACACCAUGUUCAAUCGAGCUAAGCUGCUCAAUAUUGGCUUUCAAGAGUCCUUGAAGGACUAUGAUUACAACUGCUUUGUGUUCAGUGAUGUGGACCUCAUUCCGAUGGACGACCAUAAUGCCUACAGGUGUUUUUCACAGCCCCGGCACAUUUCUGUAGCAAUGGACAAGUUCGGGUUUAGCCUACCUUAUGUUCAGUAUUUUGGAGGUGUCUCUGCUCUCAGUAAACAACAGUUUCUUGCCAUCAAUGGAUUUCCUAAUAACUAUUGGGGUUGGGGAGGAGAAGAUGAUGACAUUUUUAACAGAUUAGUUCAUAAAGGCAUGUCUAUAUCACGCCCGAAUGCUGUGGUAGGGAGGUGUCGCAUGAUCCGACACUCAAGAGACAAGAAAAAUGAGCCCAAUCCUCAGAGGUUUGACCGGAUCGCACAUACAAAGGAAACUAUGCGCUUUGAUGGUUUGAACUCACUUACCUACCAGGUAUUGGACGUACAGAGAUACCCGCUAUAUACCAAAAUCACAGUGGACAUCGGGACACCGAGAUAGCAUUUUGGUACAAAUAAGAGACCUGAGAAUGGCCAGAGACCUAAGAUGUGUCUCUGCCAGUCGACUGGGCUGGUCCCUCUCAUUUGUACAGUCUGAAUGAUAGUUCUUCUUCCUUAUUCAGACGUCUUUCCAGAUGCCCAGGGUGAAUGUAACGUUUACCCACAACCUGGCUCGGCACUGGAUGAAAUUCUACAAGGUGUUUGUCAGUGUAAAAAAGGUCAGCCUUUGGAGCGGCUUCUUGGACAUGUCACCCCCAAAGAGUCAGAACUAUACACAGUUCAAAACUUAGUGACUGUGGGUCACAUUUUCACUGUUGAAACUGCUAAAUUGUGACAUGGGUAAGAACUUUGCUUUAAUCGGUGACGUUCAUACUUCAUGACAAAUUGAGACUGCUGCUGGAUUCAGAUUGACAAGAUAUUCUUGGAUUUUUUUUUUAUACAAAAAUCAAAAUUUCAAUCAGUCUCGUGUUCUGUCCUUUCCUACUUUCUCCCAUUGGUAUGCGACUAUAGCAAUCACUGUGUGUGUCUUCUCUUAGCAAAAGAGCUGUAAAACUUGAGCCUGGAACUUGGAGUCCUGUCAGUGUGUGGAUUCCAAGGCCCUGCCCUCCAAGCAGGGGCCUGGGCACUCUCACUUAACGUGGCCUGUCUCCAGAUCCCUGUCUGAUUUCUGAAUGUAAAGAGGUUUUUGUUGUUUUUGUUUUGUUUUGUUUUGUUUUUAGAAGCAGUUUGUAGUAUUUUAAAGAAUAAAUCGAGUUUUGAUUAUGCUAUAGGUUGAUUUUGUGUUGAUCCAAAUUGGAAUAGCCAUUGAGCGUUUUUAAGUCGUGACUUUCUUUUUCUGGGCAUGCUGUAUAAACUUGAAUUUCCUAUGUAUUUUUAUUGUGGUAUUUUAAGUGUGGGGGAAGGGAUUGAGUAUUUUUUAGGGGAAAAGUAAUGUAUGCUGUAGUGGUCACAGAAGCCUCUGAUUUAGCUGGCAGGCCAGGUUAUGGAAAGAGCAAAGUUACUUUCAGGUCGCAUGCUGAGGGAACAGGUCAGCAUUAUUCUGCCAGAGCUCUGGGUCAGGAACUUGGGGAGACAGCGUCUGCUUACCUGGUAGAACUCUCCCUCCACUCCCCUAGGUGGGCCGGGUGGAAGACACUUGGCCUCCUAGAACUGACCCCUCAUGGCCCUGGGCUGGGCUGUGGGGUUGAAAAAUUAUAGCAGUCAGGUUGUUUACCUUCCCUCUGAGCCUCAGCACUCCACUCCCUGACCCACCCGAAGUUACCAGUUCUUACUUUUCUCCUGUUCUCCUUUCUUCUCUCUUCUCUCUUCUCUCUUCUCUCUUCUCUCUUCUCCCUUCUCAUCCCUUUGCUUCCUUCCCUAAAAUUUCCUGUGGCACUCAGGGUCAGACUAUUCAUUCUCCAGCAUGAUUGUGCCUUUUAAUUAGAGGCCUAGAGAGUUCACCUGAACCCACACCCCAUUCUUCCUGAGAAUCCUGGUGCCUGUAAAGCCCCUCAUCUCCACUCAGGGUUUAGCAGGUGCUCCCACUGCUCAGUCUAACCCAUGAGAUGUCAUUCACAAACCCACCUGUGGCAGGUGGUGUGCUGUGCUUGCAGUGACGUAGCCGGAAGCACACACUGCAUUCAGACCCUUAAGCUGAGACGGCUUCAAAGAUGAAGCCCGGGUUGGAAUUGUAAGGAUCAGCUAUCUAAUCCCAGAGCUCUAAGCCCUUUCUGCUUGUGGCAGCCUGGACUCCAGCCCUGAGUACAGAGGCGGCGUGGAUGGCUGGCCCUCCUCCUACCUGUGCCUUUAUCGCUUUGAGCACCACUCUCUAGCUUGCUACCUUCUCCAGAAGCUUUUUUACGUGUGGGUUAGAAAUUCUUUUCCUCAGUCAAAGCAGCCAGGCUGUGCAAAAUCUGUGCUCUCUCAGUUCCCCCUGCCUCUAGGAGGCCAUUAAAACCAAGACUGGAUGCACUGAGAAGAGGUUUUUUUUUGUUUUUUUUUGUUUUUUUUUUUUUUUGUUUUUUUUUCUGUCUCUAAAUCCUGACUUCUCCAAAGUGCCUUAAAAGAAGGGAGACAGACAUAUUGAGUGUGUUGCUUCUUUCUCUCCUAAAGCAAGACCCUGCCUUUUCUCAAUGCUGUUCCUGUUGGGUUUUGUUCAUAUCAAAUAUGUGGUUCAUUCUCAGAACCAAGGGAAGUUGUCUUGCCCGUUCCUCCCAUUUCCUCCCUCCCAGCAUCCUUUGGGGCACCUCUGGCCCAAGGCACUGUUAGGCCUGGGCAUUUGCCUGGCCCAGGAGAUGCCACUGGGGACUGGAGGAUUGAGGGGACAGGGAACAUUUCCUUCACCUGGGAAUUCUGGCCCUGGUAUCACAUGCUGUGCCUUUCUCUGUCUGUAUUUUUGUUGGUGACCUGUGUGGCAUGGCCUUUGGAAAGACCAGAGGCACAGGAAGACAAAGGAAAUGUGCUGCCCUUUAGCCUGGCAGGGUCUCACUGGCCCACUGGGCCAUUCCAGACCUGUAAUGCUGUGCGUGUGUUUUGAUAUCCCAUGUGUAUAAAUGUAUUUACCAUUGGGGCUGGGGGGGGGUGGUGGCUGUCUCUGGUCUUGAUGUUCAGAACAGACAUCUGUAUUUUUGCCUUUGAAAUGCAGUAAUAUAACAUGAAUAAAUGACCCUAUCUUUGUAUAA